GCUGCGUCGCGUAUGUGUGGACUCGUACGAACCACGUCGGCACGUGUCACUUGAAGUCGAAAGUGGGCAAGCCUUGUUAUCUUCACGGCGCCAAGGCCGCCGAGGUCAAGAAGAAGCCCGUCGGUAAGUGCGUGAAGAAGUUCAACACGGACUUCUUCGGCAACGACAUUGGUGAAUUGCGGGGCGAUGCGAAGGACUGCUGCCGGUACUGCAUGGUCACGAAAAGGUGCGUCGGGUACUCGCAUUUCCAUGGCGUGUGCUACCUCAAGUCCGAGGUGCCGAAGUACGGGGAGUACAAGAAGGGCGUUACGUCGGGUUACCUUAUCCGCUAAAUCCAGCCUCGCUGCCUCACUCGUUGAAUUUGGUAGUGAUAUGUGCUAUUGCAACAUGUUGAUGCCCCGAGUUGUUUGUGUUUGUAUGUCGACGCUUGUCGCUGGCAACAGCCCUCCCCCGCGCCAUUCUAGUGAGGCGCGUUUCCCAUGUCUCGCUCUCGGGUACAAUUCGGAUCAAGGUGCACUCAUGGUUGCUUUCGACAUGGUGGCGGAGUCCAGGCUCUUUGCGCAUUGCGUCGAAAGUUGGAGCAUAAUGCGGGGGGAGGAUGUCAUCAAGACAGUCUGUGCUCUUCGAUGGGCGUAUUGUGCGAAAUCACACGGACAAAGGGCCACCACGUCUCAACACGAACGCGUCCGCCCACUUGGCUGUGGGGAACAUUUGGAUCGCCCUCCGCGGUCGUGAUGGACACUUUGCUGUCCCAAUCGACACGCAGACACGUGUCAUAUCUCAUGACCGCAUGCGGCUGUGUAUUGAUCGACGGCAGUCGGCAAGCAAGCGCGAGUCAAGACCAAGUUGGCAACUGUUCGUCCUUCAUGGCUUUCGACCACAAAGUUGCCUUCUUCGUAAGGCAAAUCCAAGACUGUAUUACUUCAGAGGGCUGAGGGCCCACGAGCUACGUAG